AUGUCGAUAGAUCGAGAUGACGAUGAAAAAUCAAUAAGAAACGUGUCGGUUCCAGCGUCAGUAAUAGCGAAUCACGAAGCCCGAGUCGAAAUGCAUGAAAUAGAGGAACUAAAUAGACUGCGUCAAGUGAGUCUUAAGAGAUUAGAUUCUGCAAAAUUUGGCUGGUUUCAAGUACGAGCAUGUUUUGUGUCUGGUGCCGGAUUCUUUACGGAUGCCUACGAUUUAUUUGCCAUUAACUUGGUAGCAGAGAUGUUGGGAUAUGUAUACGAAAAGGAUGGCAUUCUGCCAGAUAAUAUAGAGAUUGGGUUAAAAAUUUCCGCGGCAAUUGGAACAUUUGUUGGGCAGCUUGUUUUCGGAAUACUUGCAGAUAUUGUUGGACGAAAAAAGAUGUAUGGUGUUGAAUUAUGGCUAAUAAUAUUUGCCACUCUUUGCACGUCUUUAAGUGGUGGAGGACCAUACUUAAAUAUCUAUGGUAUGAUCAUAUUUUGGCGGGUUAUAGUUGGUCUUGGUGUAGGAGGAGAUUAUCCAUUAUCUGCCAUCAUCACUAGUGAAUUCGCAGCAACAAAAUAUCGAGGGGCAAUGAUGGCAACCGUAUUUGCAAUGCAAGGUUUUGGAAUUCUUGCUUCAAUUAUCGUCGCAGUGAUAACACUUGCAGCGGCAAAAAAUGACAUAUAUGAACAUAAAAAUAUCGACGGUAUAGAUUAUGUUUGGCGAAUAGUAUUAGGAUUGGGUACGGUACCUGGAAUCAUCGCACUCUAUUUUCGUCUCACCAUUCCAGAAACCCCACGAUACAGAAUGGAAGUUGAACAAGACAUUAGAGAAGCUGAAAAUGACAUCAAUGAUGUUUUAGAACACGGUCGAUACACUCGUGGUCCAAGAAAUGAGGUAAUAAGACGUACAGAACUGCCACCUAACUGGUGGAAAGAUUUAAGACUAUAUCUCUCGGUUCGGAAGAAUGCAAUGAUCCUAUUAGGCACUUGUGGCGCGUGGUUUUGUAUCGAUGUGGCGUAUUAUGGAAUUGGAUUAAACAACAAGAUCUUUAUUCAGAGAGCGCUAAAGUACAAAAGUUUACCAGGCUUUGAGAAAAUUCGUGAAUCUGAUGCUUGGACUCCAUUGUUUCAUGACGCGGUUGGAAAUUUAGUCAUUACGUGUUUGGGUACAAUACCUGGAUACUGGUGCUCGGUGCUUUUUAUUGAUAGAUGGGGUCGAAAGCCGAUCCAGUUUAUGGGAUUUGCAGCGCUAACUGUUAUUUUUAUUGUAUUUGGAGCGACUUUUCAUAAAAUAAAAGAUACAUCGAUUUUCUUAUUUGGUGCAAUUUUUAUUCUUGCACAGUUCUUUUCUAACUUUGGGCCGAAUACAACUACUUUUGUGGUUCCCGGCGAAGUUUUUCCAACAAGAUAUCGGUCAACGUGUUACGGAAUAUCUGCAGCAGUCGGGAAACUUGGCGCAAUCCUUGCUCAAGUCGCCUUUCACAAAAUGAAAAAUAUUGGCGGCAAGGAAAAUGAUGGCGCCGAAUACACUGAAGAAGCAGAAUUUGUUGAUAAACUCUUAUUUGGCUGUGCUGUAUUCAUGUUAUUCGGAUUUUUCUUCACUUUCUUAAUACCUGAAACUAAACGAAGGACAUUGGAGGAGCUUUCGAAUGAUAAUACUAGUAAUGUUCAAACUUAA